AUGUCAAUUGCUUCUUACCUUUCUUCCCUUCAAGCCUCCGAGUGGCUCUCGGUAGUCACGUUACUCAUAUGUGUCUAUGUUGCCCACUUCUAUUUUCGAUAUUUCACAAGGGAGAACCCUCUUCCAGGGCCUACGCCCUUACCAAUAAUCGGAAAUUUACAUCAAAUGGGUAUGGGUACUGACAUUGCAGCUUGGGCUCACCGUCUCCAAUGUGACUUUGGUGAAGAUAUUUUCGAAACCUAUUACGGCAGUCAACGAACAAUUUGGAUCGGCCGCGCCGAUCUUGCAGUACCAGUUUUAGCAAGCUCUACAAAAAAUAAUUAUUUUAAUCGUGGAGUUUCAAGUCCUGGAAUGAGAGAAAUUGGUCUUGAAACUGUUGGAAUUGCUGCAAAUAGAGAUUAUGAAUCUUGGAAGUUUAACAGAAAAUUCUUUAGUACAGUUGUUAUGUCACCAAGAUUUUUAAAAAAAUCUAUCUCAGCUACUGAAAAAUUAUUUAUUGAAGCUGAAUUAUAUCUUAAUAAUCUUGGUAGUAAAACUCAAAUUGAUAUGUCAAAGUUUUUGUUUAGAUUUUUUGUGGAUAGUAUGCAUCUUUCAGCUACUGGAAAACCCGCUCAUGCUAUGGCAGGAUUUUAUAACUCUUUAGUAGUUCCCAAGGACAAACGAACAGAUCAUCCUAAAGAGCUUCUUGAUGCUACUGAAGAAAUCAUAUUUUCUAUUAAAAAUGAAUUUAAAGCUGCUAGAUUUAUGUUCUUCUUUCCACCUUUUAUUCGUCAUUAUAUUUUGAGAUAUUAUAACAAUAAGUAUGUUAAUAAUGUUAAAAGAUUUGAUGAGAUAUUAUUGUCGAUCAUUAGAAAACGAAAAGCUGAGAUUGAUGCAAUACCUGAUGGAGAUUCUUUAAAUCCAGACAUGUUGACUUUGUUAUUGACCACUAAUACAUCUCGUGACCUUGGGAUCAUUUCUACAGGAGAGAUUACACGACCAAUGACUGAAGAUGAGAUACGUGCUGAUCUCAAAGAAAUCUUUAGCGUUGGUAUUGACACGACAUCUGAUUCAUUCUGCUAUAUAAUAUGGCAUAUGUGUAAAAAUCCACUUGAGAAAGACAAGGUUCUUAAAGAAUUAAAUGAAGUUCUUGGCACUGAUCCAACGAAAUCAAUCCCAUACGAAUCUCUUGAUCGAUUAAAAUACACAGAAGCAUUUGUUAAAGAAGUAUUACGUUUAAAUCCAGUUUUACCAUUCCUCUGGAAGAUGGCAACAAAUGAUGAUACACUUGGAGGAAUGAAGUGGAAAGCAGGAACUUCGGUGUUUAUUAACGUUUAUGGAACACAAACACAUGCAAAGAAUUGGGACAAGCCGGAAGAAUUUAUUCCCGCUAGACAUUUAGAAGGAACGAAAACUGAUAGGAAUGCAUAUAUUCCGUUUGGUGGUGGACCUAGACUUUGUAAGUGUCCUGGAAAAAAUUUUGCCAUGGCAACACUCAAGCUUUUGACGGCUUUACUUAUCCGACGAUUCGAUAUUGAAUUAGUCGAUAAGAAUGCACCACUUAAAACUUCAUUCACCAUGGUUAGACAUUGUGACGAGUUGAAAGUUUAUCUUCGACCUAAGAUACCCAUUACUGGGUGA